GUGGGAGGAGUUUUAGAGUAAGGUGUACAAAAUGUUCAACGGGAUUGAAUCUGAGCGUAGACUGUGUGAACGCUUGAAAACAAGUUAUUUAAGACCAGUAACAAAUACGACAACCGGGACAUGUUUUUGAGGUCUUCGACUUAAUUUUUAGGCUAACCGCCCGGGAAUUAAAAGAGUAAACCAGCCCACGGAUGUCCUGUUAGCUUCCCAGCAGAAUGGAACUGGCUCCGGGAUAAAGUGAAUCAUGUUUUGCGGUAUUUUCUUGCCACUUUUCGUGGUGCUGCCGUGUGGCUGGCAGCUCACCUCGGGCUCAGAGCUUUUACGAAACGAGUCUGGUGUCCGGGUUGGAAUGGCUGGACGUUGGUCCUCACCGGUGAUGGCUGAAAACAACAAUGAUGAGUGCGACUUGGUGAUGAACUACAGCGUUGCAGACCGCUGUGCAUUCGUGAAGAAAACACCAGACUGUUCAAUGGAAGAUGGCUUCAUCAAUUACCUUGAAGUGGCCUUCUGUCUGCUGCCUCCCAACCUCACACCACUCACCAUCUCUUUCUGUAUUAUAUGGCUCUUCUUUUUGUUUAUUAUUCUGGGACUUACUGCCUCUAAGUUCUUCUGUCCCAACCUGUCUGCCAUCUCCUCCAGUCUGCGCCUCACCCACAAUGUGGCCGGUGUGACAUUUCUGGCUCUUGGUAAUGGAGCUCCUGACAUCUUCAGUGCCAUUGCAGCAUUUUCCCACCCGCACACAGCGGGGUUGGCUGUCGGAGCCUUAUUUGGAGCCGGGAUAUUUGUUACUACAGUAGUUGCUGGCAGCGUGGCGCUGGUCAAGCCUUUUACUGUAGCUUCUCGUCCAUUUCUGCGCGAUGUCAUCUUCUACAUGGUUGCAGUGUUUUGGACUUUCCUCAUAUUGUACAGAGGAACUGUGACGCUGGGAGAAACACUGGGGUACCUUGGCCUCUACGUCCUGUACGUCGUGAUUGUUAUCAUCAGUGCGUUCAUUUACAACCGGCAAAAGUAUUCUGACAACACGAGUGUCCAGAAUGUUACACAUGUUCCAGCAGACUUUCAUUCGUCUGACUCAUCAGAUGAUGACGUUCCCUGUCUGACAGGCAGGAGUAUUCAUCAGGAGUAUGAGUCAGAGUAUCGACCACUUCUGCCCUACUCUGAGUCUACAAGUCAAAUCCUGCUGAGCUCUUUGAAUCCAGUCGACAACCGUAGGUGGAGGAGGAAAUCAUGGAAGUGGAAAGUCCUUAAAGUAUUCAAGACUCCUCUGGAAGUGCUGCUGCUGCUCUGUAUCCCUGUGGUCGACCCUGACAAAGAAGACAGAAACUGGAGACGCCCCCUAAACUGCCUCCACCUGAUCACUGCUCCUCUGGUGUGUGUGCUCGUCUUCCAGUCUGGAGCGUAUGGAAAUUAUAUGAUCCAAGGGCAGUUUCCCCUCUGGCUGCUGUUUCUCCUGCUGGGACUUUUCGUUUCUGCUAUUGUCUUCUGCUCAACCAGCAAUGACUGUCCUCCAAGAUAUCACUCAUUCUUUGCUCUUUUGGGGUUUGUGGUGAGUGCAGUGUUGAUCAGUGCAGCGGCCUCUGAAGUGGUCAGUCUUCUGCACAUGCUCGGGGUUGUGCUGCGUCUGAGCAACACUGUGCUGGGAUUGACUCUGUUGGCCUGGGGAAACAGCAUUGGAGACUGCUUUUCUGACAUCACCAUCGCUCGGCAGGGUUACCCACGGAUGGCUAUAUCUGCCUGCUUUGGAGGCAUCAUUUUCAACAUGUUGUUUGGAGUGGGUUUAGGAUGUCUGGUGCAAAUGCUCCAAACACAUGCCGACGUGCAGGUUGAACCAGAAGGUUUGCUGACAUGGAUUCUUGCAGGAUCUCUGGGUUUGUCUUUGGUCCUGUCCUUUGUCAUCGUUCCACUGUGCCGCUUCCACUUGGGUCGGGCCUAUGGCAUCUUUCUCCUCAUCUUCUAUGUCAUCUUCCUUAUCAUUGCACUUCUUACAGAGUUUGGCAAGAUUCGUGUUACGUAGACCUGAUGCUGUGGCCGGUCUGAAAAAUUACAACUACAACUAUUUAUGCACUAUUUUUUUACAAGAAUCAGCUGUAACCUUUGUUCCACUUGACUACUACCCACAGAGUUCCUGUGGUUGGAUAAUGAAAUCAGGCGAGCAAAGUCUGCUCAGGGAGGACUGAAACGACUCACACUGUGCCUUUUGUAAUUUGAAACACUGAAUUGUCUCCAUUAAUUAUUGAUCUAAAUGUUAAUGACUUGUGCAUGCUGCUUUGGGGUAAUUAAAUGAUUUUGGUUUAAUUUU